AGGCACUCAUUGAAUACAGUGGUUCCUUAAUAGAUUGAAAGCGCUUAUACAUCUUCCAGAGAAAACUGAUAUUACUGGAAAAAUAUUAGAAAGACCCUUGCACCAACUGAAAAACCAAUCUGUCUAUGGCAGUACAGAAGUUUUCCCAGUCACUGCAAGAUUUCCAGUUUGAAUGUAUUGGUGAUGCUGAAACAGAUGAUGAAAUUAGUAUUGCUCAGUCACUAAAGGAAUUUGCAAGAUUACUCAUUGCAGUAGAAGAAGAAAGGAGGAGACUGAUUCAAAAUGCUAAUGAUGUAUUAAUUGCUCCACUUGAGAAAUUUCGCAAAGAACAGAUAGGUGCAGCAAAAGAUGGAAAGAAGAAGUUUGACAAGGAGAGUGAAAAGUACUAUUCUAUUCUUGAUAAACAUUUAAAUUUGUCUGCAAAGAAAAAGGAAUCUCAUUUGCAAGAGGCAGAUACACAGAUUGACCGAGAACAUCAAAAUUUUUAUGAAGCAUCACUAGAAUAUGUCUUUAAAAUUCAAGAGGUUCAAGAAAAAAAGAAGUUUGAAUUUGUUGAACCACUUUUGUCAUUCCUUCAGGGUUUAUUUACUUUUUACCAUGAGGGAUACGAACUUGCCCAGGAAUUUGCACCAUAUAAGCAACAGCUUCAGUUCAACUUGCAGAACACAAGGAAUAAUUUUGAAAGUACUCGACAAGAGGUAGAGCGGUUGAUGCAAAGAAUGAAAUCUGCCAACCAAGAUUACAGACCACCCAGCCAAUGGACAAUGGAAGGCUACCUUUAUGUCCAGGAGAAACGACCACUUGGUUUUACGUGGAUUAAACAUUAUUGUACAUAUGAUAAGGGAAGUAAAACAUUUACAAUGAGUGUUUCAGAAAUGAAAUCCAGUGGGAAAAUGAAUGGCCUUGUUACUGGUUCACCAGAAAUGUUUAAAUUGAAAUCUUGUAUCCGACGAAAGACAGACUCAAUUGACAAACGAUUCUGCUUUGACAUAGAAGUAGUUGAAAGGCAUGGAAUCAUCACAUUACAGGCAUUCUCAGAAGCUAAUCGCAAACUCUGGCUUGAGGCCAUGGAUGGUAAAGAACCGAUUUACACCCUGCCUGCCAUUAUUAGCAAGAAAGAAGAAAUGUACUUAAAUGAAGCAGGGUUCAACUUUGUGAGAAAAUGCAUUCAAGCUGUGGAAACAAGAGGUAUCACUAUUUUAGGCCUCUACCGAAUAGGAGGAGUAAAUUCUAAAGUUCAGAAACUCAUGAACACAACAUUUUCUCCAAAAUCCCCUCCUGAUAUUGACAUUGAUAUUGAAUUGUGGGAUAAUAAGACAAUAACAAGUGGACUGAAAAACUACCUCAGAUGCCUUGCAGAACCACUGAUGACUUACAAGUUACACAAAGAUUUUAUUGUUGCAGUUAAAUCUGAUGACCAAAACUACCGGGUGGAGGCUGUACAUGCAUUGGUGCACAAAUUGCCAGAAAAAAACAGAGAGAUGCUGGACAUCUUAAUAAAGCACCUCGUCAAAGUAUCACUACACAGCCAACAAAAUCUCAUGACUGUCUCAAACCUUGGUGUCAUAUUUGGCCCAACUCUAAUGAGAGCACAAGAAGAAACUGUGGCAGCCAUGAUGAAUAUUAAAUUUCAGAAUAUUGUGGUUGAAAUUCUGAUUGAGCACUACGAAAAGAUUUUUCAUACUGCCCCAGACCCAAACAUUCCUCUUCCUCAGCCUCAGUCUCGAUCUGGAUCCCGAAGGACACGAGCAAUCUGCCUCUCCACAGGUUCCCGGAAGCCCAGAGGGAGGUAUACACCAUGUUUGGCAGAACCUGAUAGUGACUCUUAUAGCAGCAGCCCAGACAGCACACCCAUGGGGAGCAUUGAGUCACUCUCCUCUCACUCCUCUGAACAAAACAGCACAACCAAGUCUGCUUCCUGCCAGCCCAGGGAGAAAUCUGGAGGGAUUCCUUGGAUUGUAUCCCCAUCACCUUCCAAUGGACAGAAAAGCCUUGGACUCUGGACAACUAGUCCUGAAUCAAGUUCUAAAGAGGAUGCAACCAAAACAGAUGCAGAAUCAGAUUGUCAAAGUGUUGCCUCCGUCACCAGCCCAGGGGAUGUUUCCCCACCCAUAGACCUGGUCAAGAAAGGGCUGUAUGGGCUUUCAGGACUGAAAAGAGCCUCAGCUUCCUCUCUCACAUCCAUCUCUGCAGCUGAAGGAAGCAAGAGCUACAGUGGAUCCAUUCAAAGCUUAACUUCUGUAGGUUCCAAAGAGAUGCCCAAAGCCCCACCAAACCCAGACCUGCCUCCAAAAAUGUGCAGGAGGUUAAGGCUAGACACUGCCUCAAGCAAUGGCUACCAGCGACCUGGCUCUGUUGUGGCAGCAAAAGCCCAACUGUUUGAAAAUGUUGGUUCACUUAAGCUGGUUUCUACUGGGCGCCAAGCCAAAGCCAUGUACUCUUGUAAAGCAGAGCACAGCCAUGAGCUUUCCUUCCCACAGGGGGCGAUAUUUUCUAAUGUGUACCCAUCAGUGGAACCAGGAUGGUUAAAAGCAACUUAUGAAGGCAAAACAGGACUAGUUCCAGAAAAUUAUGUUGUCUUCCUCUAAUACUGUUUAGUGGAUGGCAGUAUCUUCAUGGUAUCCAUGGUAACAAUAAUAAGCACUAUGAUUUUAUCUGACACAGAUAUGAGAAUCAGCCCACUAAAUGAAAAGUAAAUUUCUAUCAAAUUUCUACACCAGCAGACUAUGUAGCUCCCUAUAAAUUGAAAAGAAAAAAAAAAUGCUUAAACUGCUUGCCAUGCCAUUUUUUUUAAUUUUUUACUUCUUGACUGGUUUCUUAUUUUAAAAUCUUUCUUCCCCUGUUUUUUUCUAAUAAGUAACUCUGCACGUUGUCUCUUCCAUAACAAUUGUAGAAUCUCAAAUACUGUGUUAAGUACUAUAUCCCAGAUAUUUGGAAACUAGAAAUUUGCUGUAAGUGUUUUAAGGUAUGCCCUUUACUGUCUGGCAUUCUCUGAAGAACCUUGAAAUCAUUACUUAAAAAUGUAAUUUAAAUUGUUCAUUUAUUAUUUUUUCUUAAGAAUUUACUUCUUUUAUAUAUGAUUGUUUUGCUGGUCCUAAACAUUUCAAGGAAUAAGUUUUUUUUUUCUUUAACAUAAGAUUAUUUUUAUUUGUUUACCAAGUAGAUGAUGAUAGUCAAAAGGAAUAAUGUAUAUGAUGUCUAUAAAUGAAAUCAAAUUAAGUCAUACACUGAUUUCAACAUAAACACUCCAUUCAGCAUUCCAGACACCUUCUAUGGGCAUAGCAAGGAUUAGCAAACUAUUUCUGUCAAGGCCUGAUAGUAAAUAUUUGGGAGUUUUGCAGACCUUGAAGGUCUUCACCACAAUACUCAACCCUGCCAUUGUAGCAGAAAGCACCCAUAGACAAUGAAUAAGCAAAUGAACAUGGCUUAGUGCCAGUACAACUUUAUUUAUGACCCUGAAAUUUGAAAAUAAAAAUUCUCACAUGUCCUGGCACGUCAUCCUUCUUUAACUUCUUAAAAUCCAUUUAAAAAUAAAAAUAUUUUAGCUGAUGAGCCAUACAAAACUGGCAGCAAGCCAGAUUUGACUCAUGGGUCUUGGUUUGCUGACACCUGGUUAAGAGGAUGUAUAAAACUAUAAUUUGGGGAUUUUAUGAAAUUUUACUACAUUAACAUAUAAAUAAAAACACAUAACAUAUAAUUUUACGACAUUAACAUAAGUCAUAUGCACAUAUCAUCUGCUAGUGGCAUUAUAUUGGCAUCACAAAAUAGAACUAAAAUAAUAGGAAAACUUAAAAAGUGUAGUUUUAAGGCAUGCAGCCUGAAUUCUACUUGUAACACUGUAAAGUGUCAACAUAUUUUAUUGUUAUCUAAUUUUAAUUUUGGCUUUUGAGGAAUUCUUGUACAAAUGAUAAAGAUGUUUUUUAAAGACACUAGUAGAGAAACUAUGCCUUUUAAAUUCUAUACUUAAUUGCAGUAGACACCAAACAUAAAGAUACAGGAUUCUUAAAUCAUUCUGAACCACAGAAUUUAAAAUCAUUUAAUCACCUUUAGCAGGAAUGAAAUCUGUACAUGAUUUUCUUUUAUGCCUUUCAAUUUACAGCUUUAUUAAGAAGUCACUGAAUUUAUAGAACAUAGAAGUAGGUAUUUACUACCAGUUUAAAUAUAUCACCAACAUCUGGUCAUGCAUCAACCAUUGUUUCUAUUAUUUCUAUUUCAAUUAUUCUAAAAUAUUAUUUCUAUAAAUAUCUGCAUGUGGCAAAGAGCCUUUUUCCUCAAGAUUCCAAAAAGCUGGUUGCUUACCAUUGCCUGCCACAGCACUGGUCCACUGGGCCAUAAUUUUUUACUUGUUACUUCGGAGUUCUCCACUGUACAGACACUCAGGUAUUGACUGCAUAAAACUCUUUUUAUGUGAUAAUAUAAUCUGUAGUCUCAAUUUCUUCUACUUUAAAUGAAUGUUUCUGGAGUUAACAGGUUAAAUUAUAUUUGCAUACAUAUACACACAACUAUGCCUUAGAACACUCAUGCUUUUAAAAUUAAAAAUGGAAUAUUAUUAGAUUAGAACUUAAAAAGAAUAACAGUAGGCAGAGUCACAACCAGAAAUAAGUAUCAGUACAUUGAAAUAAAGGAAUGAAAAAUAUUUAAUGUUGUAAAAAUUAGUUAAUAUAAUGAAAAAAUCUGAUAAAUGUUUAUUUUUUACCUCCUGCUAUUGAUAUUUGUAUACUUAUAAUCAGGUGUUGCUAGAGCUUUUUGGUCUCUAGAUCCUUGUUGGCCCUUUCUAGUAAUAAUAGCAUUGCUGACACCCUGACUACUCUCUGCUGGAACAGAAGGUAGUUUUUCCAAUGUACUCAUCCCUUAGCUUAUCUGACACUCUCAGUUUUAAACACCCUUGCCAUCAUCUGGCAUACUACUAGAUUAGAACCUCUUAAUGGCAAAUUGAUUUUCUUUCAAAGACCAACUUGACUCCAAAGAAAGAUUCAGAAUUCUACUUCACUUGCUGCUGCAUAGAGAAAUCUCAACCUUCAUUUUAACACAGACCAGAGUGUUCCUUUCUCUGAGUUGUCUGAGAGCUAAUUCCAGUGAUGAUCAGUAAGGAAUUAAAGGUUUGCUGUAUAAGACAUGGAUGUGAAGCCCCGCUCUCCUUUCUCAUAGUGAGACAUUUAUUGUGGCAUUACUUACUGUGAUCCCUUUUUUGAAAUAGAAGUACAAGUGCUUGUUCAAAUUGUACUUCUUUUUGCAGUUUUAACAUUAUAGAUUCAUGGGUAUGGUCCUUUUUCCUUCAUAUUAAUUACAUGUAUAAGUAGGUCAUGGCCAUAUACUGAAGAUAGCCUAAAGCUGAUUUUCCUUAAGAAUAUGUUUCCUACAGAUAAGGUAUUUAUGAGCAUUGAGAAAAUCAAGACAUGUGCUCUAAAUUACAUGCAAUAUUAAUUGCACAAGAAGGUAACGGCAGUCAUUGAAACAGGAUCACAUUAAAAAUUGUAGCCGCAUUUCAAUAAUGAAACCUUAGCUUUUCAGGGACGAUGUGAAGAUAUGUUAGAAUUGCCACAUGCACACCUUCAGAAUGCACAAUGUGGACAACCCUAAACACUACUUACGGUAUAAUCAGUGUGAGGAAAAGAUUGAUAAGUCUAAGUUAAUCAUCUUGUGUACUAUGUGAAAAUAUCUCCAAGUACAAAACAUUUAUGUAUUUAACAGGUGACUCUUUCGUUAUGUCAUAACUCUACCAAGUUUUUAGAAACUGGUCAGUUAACUGAAGGCUUUUCUUGUGUUAUGUGUAAAUGUUUGAAAAGUAAAAUAGUCUUUGUAUUCCUGUGAAGUCCAUGAAGUAUGAGGAAGUGCCAUUUCUUCUUGUUGGAUUUGAGUGGUUUUGGUUGUUGUGUUGGCUGUCUGUGCUUUGUAACGUGAAUGAGCACAACCAAGUUUCUCAGCAAUGGCUUCUUGGCUAGCUCUUUCAGGGAUGGUGGAGAAAAAAAAUGUACUUUAUAAUUUCAAACUAUUGAAGUUCCCAAGUAGGAAAAAUAAAGAUACAUAAUAACUUUUAUUCUAAUUCUAUGAUAAUUGGUUUUACAUAUUGCAGCAUGCCUUUUAAAAAUCCACCAGGUUAAAAGAAAAAUCCACUGGGUGGUAAGGGGAAAAAAGUCUAGCACCAUAAUCCUGUGGUGAUAACCUCAUUCACCUUAUUACUCCCAGGCUCUUCCUUCAGGUCUGUGUCUAUAUCUGAUAUUAGAAGGAUGUCAUUCCUAUGGAUGCUGGUGUAAAGGAGUCCUUCAGAGGACUCUUAAGAGUUGUCCUUCAAAAAACUGUAUUUGUAGUAUACCCCUCAAUUAUGUAUUCAGGAUGCCUUAAUUAGCAUUUAGAGCUCCCACUUGAAUUAUACUUUAUUGAGUUACAGAUUUGUAAGUCAGUAAGACCAUUUACAGUUAGAUUUUGUUCUUUGUUUUUACAAUACCUUUGUAAUUUGCAGCUGUUACUAUGUAUGACCUAAUAACAUCACUGAGUAUGACCCCCAAAUCAUAUCUUCUGUUAAAAAAAAAAGAGAGAGACUUUACUAUUGUUCAGAAGUUAUUUUGCACUUGACUAAAGGUUUCCCAUAAUGGUAAAAAUUACUAUUUACUUUUGGUUCCUAUCUUUUUUGGUCACCUUCCAAAAUCAAAACAAUUUUUACAAAUGAAGUUAACCUUUCUAAAUAGUCUAUGCCCUGGCUGUCUUCUGUUGAGCUACAGACUUUUUGCCAGGUAUUUAUCAACUAGUCUUAGUUGAUACAUUCACUGUAUCCAUGCAUUGUCACCAAAAUCUCCCUGCUUCAAAUGUGCAAGUUCUACUUGGUAGUAAUCUUAGAUGAACUCUCGCUUAUAAGUGACAUGUACUUUUAAAAGAUCAGAUCAAUAAAUAAUACUUUUCAUUUUUUAUGGCAGCUGCAUCCACAGGUUUAAAUCAGGAAUUUCAAAUAAGAAUGUUGACAGCACUCACAGUAAGCCAUUGGCGGAAAACUGAUCUGAUAUUCUAGAUCAGUGUUCAGAAGCUGUUGUAUUAGUUAGGGAACCCAGUAGGUCAUCACUGCUCUUCCUGGCCCUCAAGAGAGAUGACAGGUUCAGAGGUUGAACAUUUCUUGGCACUAGAGGGAGAAAUAGAGUCUGUAUGCUUACUGAGGAGUCCCAAAAGGCAGGGAUCAUUUAUAGUUAUGACAAACAUUAAUAUCCAUCAUCCAAGGUGUUCGUGUAUAGGGCUAUGUUAGGAAUUUAAGUGAUGGAGGGGGGUGGAGGACAAAGGUGCUGACACCACCUAAUUAGAUGACCGCUUUCUCCCCUUGUACCAUC